AUGGAUCAGACAAAAAGACCACUGCAGAUUCCACCAGAAUUUGCCAGUUAUGCUGAGAAACAUGAAAUAUUUGAUACCUACAAGCGACUUCUGGAACAAUUGAUUGUGAAUAGACCUGAUGAACCUAUCAAGUAUAUGUUGGAUAUUCUAAAGAGAGAUAAAGAGGUACUGCCACAUAUCAUUGUUUUAGGACCACCAGCUGUCGGUAAGAAGACUAUUGCCAGAAUGAUUUGUGCAAAAACAAGAGCUGCUCAUUUGACAGUAGACAAUUUAAUAGAUGAAGCAGAGGUCGAUUUACGUGAAGAAGCCAAAAAUCAUAUCAAUACAGAUAAACCGAUUCCAACUGCUUUGUGGAUUCAAAUUUUGAAGCAGAGAUUUAAAUUAUUUGAUUGUGUAAAGAAAGGGUGGGUUAUGGAAGGUUUUCCACUUACCAGAGAACUAGCUUUAGCAAUGCAAGAAAACGGAUACUUUCCGCAACACUGUGUGCUAUUAGAAGCUUUAGAUGAAGUUCUUAUUGAUAGAGCUUCUGGAAAGAGAAUUGAUCCAAAAACUGGGGAUGUUUAUCAUACGUCCUUUAAUAUGCCAGCUGAACCUGAUAUACAGUCCAGAUUAGUCACCUCUAAGGAAUAUUCAGAAAAGGGAAUGGUGAAGAAACUAGCAGAAUAUCAUCGCCAUAUUGAUGGUAUAGUGAGGUGCUAUCAGAAAGUUAUUAAACGAUUUAAUGCUGACCAGCCAAGUGCCGAUGUUCUUUCUGAAGUAGUAAGUUUUAUUGAGAGUCAAAGAAGAAGCAAUACUCCACAUACACCCCGUGUUAUUUUGUUGGGACCUACAGGUAGUGGUAGAGCAGUACAGGCUAGUCUAUUAGCAUCUAAAUACAACCUAGUUGAUGUGUCAUGCGGACAGCUCAUUAAACAAGCAAUAUCAGAGGAAACCAAAGCUGGAUUAGCUGCUAAAACGUAUGUUCUGAAAGAUGUUGUCGUUCCUGACAGUAUAGUGUUAAAUAUUCUGAAAGAGAGAUUAAGUCAAGUAGAUUGUGUGGUUAGAGGUUGGGUAUUACAUGGUUAUCCAAUCACUAGAGAACAAGCUGAACAGUUAGAUAAAGUGGGUUAUGCACCUAAUAGGGUGUUUUUCCUCGAUGUUCCUACUGAUUCUAUUAUAGAAAGACUUACACAACGAUAUACAGACCCUGUCACAGGAGAACGAUAUCACCUACAAUAUAAUCCACCUAGAACAUACGAUGUUAAACAUCGUCUAGUUAGACACCCCAGAGAUAUGGAUACUGGUGUUCGUAAACGAAUCGCCCAGUUUAAUGCAUACAAAGAUGAACUGUCUGAUUUCUAUGAGUCUUCCCAACAUGUCAAUGCAGAUCAAGAUCCCCAUACAAUAUUUGAAUCGUUAGAAAGUAUGAUUGCUGAACCAUUGCCUAAAAGACUGUGAUCAGAUUCAAUAUUACGUGUCCAUUUGGAGAAUAAUUUUUAUUAAAUAAUAUUACAUAAAAUUUGCCGCGUAAAUUUUAUUUUGGUCCUAAUGAUUAGAGAUGCACCUCUUACCUCAUCCGUGAAUUAAUUUUUUAAUGAUAGAACUGUUAAUAUAUUAUUACUACCACUUACUAUAUUGCUAUUGCAAUUUACUACGAGAUUUACAUUACAAUGUGAGUUUGACCUCGUUUUUGUUGAAUGUCGGUCAAAAUAUGACGUCAGAGAUUACGUAUUGUGGGAAAUAGGUCAGUGCAGAAAAGCCUAAGAUUAUAAUAGAGUUGAACUUAAUGUAUGAAAAGUUCCACCACGUUUGCAACAUUAAAAAAAAUACUUUGAAAUUUCUUGCACAGGAAGGAUGAGAUAUUAUUUUACUUUAUUAUUUAUUUGAGGCUACGAAAUUCACGUUGAAAGUUUGACUUGCGUCCAUAUUAUAAUAGAUGU